AUGCAGUCCUUUCGAGAAAGGUGUGGUUUCCAUGGCAACCAGCAGAGCUACCAGCCGACUUCACAAGAUACAUCACGCCUGGAGAAUUACAGGCAUCAAAGUCAGGCAGGGCCGAACUGCGAGCGGCAGAGGCUGGUGGCGAAGGAGUACUACAGUCAGCAGCAACUGCCGUACUCGGGCUACGAGAACAGCACCGUGGAGAAAUACCACCGGGGAAACAAGCAAUUAGCAGGGCAGCAGCUGCAAGGCAGGCCGGCCUUUUCCAAUUACGCUGUGCAGGAGAACAGCCCCUAUCCGGCCCGUUAUUCAGGGGAGGAGAGCUUGCAGGCAUGGGGUGGCCAGCCGCAGGCGCUGCCCGGCGACGGGGCCAAGUAUGAGGACAGCCCGCCGCAGCCCCCGCAGCCCCCGCAGCCCUUGCAGGGGCGGCAUCACACCCCAGAGACCCUCCACUACCAAAACCUGGCCAAGUACCAACAUUACAACCAGCCAGGACAGACCUACUGCCAGGGUGACGCGCCACCUGUUCGAACGCCGGAGCAAUACUACCAGACCUUCAGCCCCAGCGCCAGCCACUCACCGGCUCGCCCCCUCGAAAUGCUGAACCCUUCUCCCACCGACGGGACGAGCCCCGACGCUCAGUCCGGGAACUGCAAAAACUUGCAGAAGGAGAAGCUGCCCGAAAACCUGCUGUCGGACCUGAGCCUGCAGAGCCUGACGGCGCUCACCUCCCAGGUGGAGAACAUCUCCAACACCGUCCAGCAGCUGCUGCUUUCCAAAGCAGCUGUGCCCCAGAAAAAGGGCAUCAAGACCCCGGCGAGGACCCCUGAGCAGCUCAAGGGGCAGCACUGCAGCCCCGAGAGCAGCACCUACUCGGCAGAGCAGGUGGGGACCCCCCUGUCCGACCCGCUGAGCACCCCCCAGUCCGUCCACGCCGAGACGCAGGACGCCGACUAUCUCAGUGGGUCGGAGGACCAGCUGGAGAGGACUUUCCUGUACUGCAACCAGAACCGCAGCCCUGCCCGCGUCAACAGCAACUCCAAGCCGAAGCCCGAGUCGGUGUCCACCUGCUCUGUGACCUCCCCGGACGACAUGUCCACCAAAUCGGACGACUCCUUCCAGAGCAUCCACGCCAGCCUGCCCCUAGAGACCUUCACCAAGUACGUGACCAACGAACGGGACUGUCCCCGGCUGCUCCUCAGCGCCCUGUCCCAGGAGGAGCUGGCUUCCGAGAUCAUUGUCCUGCAGGACGCCAUCAGCGAGAAGGCGGACAAAGCCUGGGCCAACUCACCCAUGCUGAGCAAAGAGGCCACUAAGUCCCCCUUCCAGCUGGAGAACCACCGGCCCUGCCUGGACUCCAUGGUGAAGGGUGCCUGGCCCAGCCAGGGCGACUCCAGCACACUCACCGAGCCCCUCAAGCUGGACAAGGCUUCGGGGGCCAGCACAGGGAAGGACUUUGGCGAGGAGGUGUAUGAGGGUCCCCAGGUGGAGUUCACAGCCGCCGAGACCAAGGAUGCACUGAAGGAUGCGGCCCCGCUGGCAUUCAACUCCAAGCCCAGCAUCCCGGCGGCGACGUCGAGCGCGGGGGCCACUGGCUACAGCUGCUACUCGAACACCACCGCCAACUCGGUGGGGUCCGAGAAUGCCAUGGAGCACUUCGACUGGCCGGAGGAGAGCCUGGGCGAGGCAUGCCUGCGGUGGAAGGAGCUGGGCUCAGGGCUGCAAGCCACCGACCUCCCCAAGGGCUUGUUCCCCGGCAAAUUGGUGGGCUCCUGCAAGGAGAAAAAAAAUGCCUGUGGCUUGGAUCUGUGCGACGGCGAGCAGCCGGCCAAGAGCGAGCCGGCCCGGGAUUUUGGCCAGCAGGUGAUGGAGGAGGAAGAGGAGGAGACACUGACCUAUGAUGAGGCCACAAAGGCAGACAGUGAGAGGUGGCUGCAGGACACCCGGCACUGCUGCUCGACCGGGGACUUCAGCGAGAUCCCCAUCAUCUCCUCACCAGAGCUGAAGGAAUCGGACCUGGAGGCAGAGGAAUACUCCUCACUCUGCGAGCUGGCUGGCUCGGAGCAGAAGUCGGUGACGUACGACGCCUUGCCGCCCAAGCCCCCGGAGAUGCCCGCUGUGCUGUCCUCCAGCGAGGUGCCCAUGUCCGCUGAGGAGACCGUCAGCACGGUGGAGAAGGAGAGCCCAGCUCCAGCCGCGCGCCUCUCCGGCCAGUCUGUCAUCCUGCUGGGCCCUGCCGUGGGCACAGAGACCAAGGUGAAGAGCUGGUUCAAGUCAUCCCUGCCCCACAUCCAGCCCGAGGAGCAGAGCAGCGGCGGGGAGACGUCCCCCCCGGAGGUAGCCGGUGCCGAAUUGGCCCCAUCAGUCACAGUGAAGCAGCAACUCACCCCCGAAAACGCGCUGGGGAAGACGGAGCCCAUCUCACGGGGCAAGAGCCUCCGCAACAAGAGGGUCCACUGCCGGCUGCCAGAGAGGGACGGCCCCGGCAGUGCCGUGCCAAGCCCCUUUGAUGACCUCCCAGCAGCCAGCAGCGUGGCCAGUGCCUGCCUUGGGCCAGACGGUCAGGUGGAGAUACCGAGCAAGAAUGUCCACAGCCAAACGCCCUGGUUUCCAGCCGAGGGUCUGCCAGCGCGCAUGUGCACCCGCUCCUUCACCGCCCUCGCCGAGCCCCGUGCCAUGGCCCCGCUGGAGGGGCUUAAGCCCCCCACACACCAGGAGAAGCUGGGGAAGAAGCCCGCCUGUGGCGUUAAACAACGAGUGGCUUUCAAAGCCAGGAAGCGCAGUGGCCGGCCAGCCCCCAAGGUGGUCCAAAACUCUGGCGAUGCCACCCUCCUGGUGCCUGGCUUAGUGACAGCGGAGGAUGCGGUGGGGCCGACACCGCCGGAGGGGGAUGCGGUGGAGGUGGGGGAGAGGGACCAGCGGUCGAUGAUCCUGCGCUCCCGGACGAAGACGCAGGAGGUUUUCUACACCAAGAGGCGGCGGGGCAAGCGGGCAGCUGACGUCCGGCUGAAGAACUGCAAGGCGCCCAAGAAGCUCAUCCCCAACAAUCACCUCCCGCCCGCCUUCAAGCUGGCAGCCCCGGGCAGCCCCCACAAGGAGGGCAAGGUGGGUGCCCGGAUGAAGCUGCCUAAAACGGGGCCGGGCGUGGGGGGCAAGAUGUCCGAGCGGCCCCUGCACUCGCUGAAGAGGAAGUCCACCUUCAUCUCUCCCAUCCCUGCCAAGAAGAGGAACCUGGUCCUGCGGAGCAACAGCGGCGGUGUGAAGGAGGAGAAGCCAGAGGCCCCCCCCAGCCUCUUCAAGAAGAUGCCUGUGGCCAAGAAGGUGAAAGCCAAGCUGCCCCCCAAGAGCUCUGGAGAAGCCAUCCCAAAGCCCCCACCGCCGAAGGAAGCCCCCGAUGUCUGCAUCAAGAUCACCUCCCGGGCGGCCUUCCAGGAGGCCACAAAGACCAAAGUGCUGCCUCCCCGCAAGGGCCGCGGCCUCAAGCUGGAGGCCAUUGUCCAGAAGAUCACCUCGCCCAACCUGAAGAAGUUCGCCUGCAAACCGGCAGCCACGCGGCCCCCCGCGGUCCCGGGGGCUGAGCACCUCUGCCGAAACCCCAACGGCCGAACACCGAAGGGGAAGCUGGGCGGCGGGAAGAAGCUCUCUGUCGAUGGCUGCCAGGGAGAAGCCUGUGCACCGACCCCGGGGGCCCAGCCAAGCUCCACCAUGGCAGCCAAGAGCCUGGGGCUCCUGCCCAAGAAGAGGAACCGCAAGGGCAAAGCGGCAGCGCUGGGCAUGGCCAAGGCACCUCUGGGCCCCACGCCACCACCGCUGCCCCGGGAGCGUGCGGCUGGCCCAGGCGGCAGGGAGGAGGCGCCACGGGAGGGCAAGAAACCAAAGAGCGAGGAGAAGGAGGCAGGGGGCAGCGAUGGCCCCCCCGAGGGACGCCCCACUGCCGGGCCAGCGCGGGGGCCAAAGCCACGGGCCAACCACUCCAACUACAAUGGCUACUCCAAGCGGCAGCGGAAGGGGCCGGCCCACCGCGAGGGCAAAGGGGACAGAAAAAAGUGUGACGCGGGCCGCGGGCGGCCUGAGCAGCCCCCGCUGCGGCCCCCCGCCGAGCCCGAGAUCCGGCUGAAGUACAUCUCCUGCAAGCGGCUGCGGGCGGACAGUCGGGCCCCCCCCUUUGCUCCCUACGUCCGUGUGGAGCGACGCGGCGAGUUCACCACUGCCUGCACUGUUGUCAACUCACCCAGCGAGGAGGCCCGGCUACAACGGGGACCGGCUGGACCGGCGCCGCGACCGCGGGCAGCCCUGCCCGCCUCCUCCACCAUGCACAUGGGGCCGGUGGUGUCGAAGGCGCUGAGCGCUGCCUGCCUGGUUUGUUGCCUGUGCCGCAACCCCGCCAACUAUAAGGACCUGGGGGACCUCUGCGGGCCCUACUACCCCGAGGACUGUCUGCCCAAGAAGAAGUCGCGGCUGAAGGAGAAGGCGCGGGCAGAGGGGGCAGGCGAGGACACCAUCCUGCCCGCCGCAGCCGAGCGGGCACCCCGAGGGACGGAGGGCGGCUGCGGUGCCGGCAGCAAGGCGGCACGGCGGGAGGGGCCCGCCGAGGCGGCCAAGCAGAGCGCACUGCGCUCCAGCCCGCGGGGCAUGUUUCGCAGGCUGCAGAGCUGCUACUGCUGUGAUGAGAGGACAGAGGGCGAGGAGGCGGCCGAAAAGCCCCGGCGGCACGAAUGUCACAAGGCCGAGUCCCCGCCGCAGGAGCCGGCAGGCGACACGCAGGAGCACUGGCUGCACGAGGCCUGUGCCGUAUGGACCGCUGGGGUUUUCCUGGUGGCGGGGAAGCUCUACGGGCUGCAGGAGGCCGUCAAGGCGGCUGCCGACCUGAAGUGCUCGAGCUGCCAACAAGCGGGAGCCACUGUGGGCUGCUGCCAGAAGGGGUGUCCUCACACCUACCACUACGCGUGUGCCGUCGACACAGGUUGCUUAUUAACUGAAGAGAGCUUCUCUCUGAAAUGUCCCAAACAUAAGGUUCGGUGUCUGUCCCCACCCCCCGAGUCCAGCACACACUGGUAUAAAUAA